AUGACCACCGACGACCACAUCGAUGCACUCAAGCAAGCUGGUGGGGGAGCCAGUCAGGCUCUUCGUGCGACUCCGACUCUAAACAGCACCUUCCUAUCCUACCUAAAGACCAUAUUUGAGACUCAUGCCGAUGCCGAUGGGAAAUGGUCGCCCGGUCAAGUUGAGCGCUUUAUUCAGCAGGUUCAGGAUAAUGAUCGUACGACUAAGGCUGCGACGAAAUUGCUGGGCCAGCCUGAUGUCGAUCUGAACGCCUUCCUCCAGUACAUGACUUCCGAAGAUGCUGCCAUAACAAGGCCGUGGAAGGGAAGCGAUCUAUCUUGGCCGCUUUCAAACUACUUUAUCAGUUCCAGCCACAACACCUACUUGACGGGGAACCAGCUGUACAGUGACAGUACAACUGACGCAUAUACAAAUGUGCUCCUGCGGGGCUGUCGAUGCGUUGAGAUUGAUGUCUGGGAUGGAGAUGAAUCAGACCUGUCAGAUACGUCCGACUCGAAUUCGGACGAUGAGAAGGUCCAGGGGGGAACGAAAACAGCCAAGUCGAAACGCUACAGCACGUUUGAUAAGCUGAAGCAAAAAAUUCCAGACAGUCUGACAUCAAAGCUCGAGAAGACGAGUUUGGGUAAAUCUUUGGAACGAAGACACACCGGGAAGACUUCCGCCGGUGCAAGUCCUAGUGUAGCUUCCGAGAGCGACACCAAGGUUGUGCCAGAAGUAGCUGUCGUUGAGCCUCGAGUGCUUCACGGCUACACACUGACCAAAGAAGUUUCGUUCCGAGAUGUGUGCAAAGCGAUUCGAGAAAGCGCCUUUACGGUAUCAGACAUGCCACUCAUCAUCAGUCUCGAAGUACAUUGUGGUGCAGAGCAGCAAGUCAUGAUGGCCAACAUCAUGAAGGAGGUUUGGAAGGGCAUGCUUGUUAACGAGAGCGAGAUCAAGCCGGGAGUGCUACCAAGCCCUGAGCAACUGAAGCAAAAGAUUCUCAUCAAGGUCAAAUAUGCACCGCCAGAUGCGCCAGCGGCAGCGGCAGAAUCUGACAGUGGAGAUGAUGAGCGCUUGCCAGCUGAGGCAGCACCGCCCAAGAAACCAUCCAAAGUCAUCCAGCAGCUAAGCAAGUUGGGCAUCUACACCAAGGCUGUUACAUUUAAGGCGUGGACGCAACCCGAGGCUAGUAUGCCGACGCAUAUUUUCUCCUUGGCUGAAAAGAAGUUUAUCGAACACCGCGAGAAUCAUUCCAAGGAGCUCUUCACUCACAACAGAGACUAUCUCUUGCGUGCUUAUCCCUCUGGACUUCGUAUCCGAUCCUCAAAUAUGACACCCACUGUCUUUUGGGGAUCCGGCGCCCAAGUUGUUGCACUAAACUGGCAACAAACAGAUGAGGGCAUGAUGCUGAACGAAGGCAUGUUUGCCGGAACAGGGGGAUACGUCCUCAAACCUGAAGGAUACCGCUCUAACAAAGCAAACAAAUCCCCCAACACCAUCAGCUACAAGACACUAACCCUAUCGCUCACCUUCCUCGCCGCCCAAUCCAUCCCUCUCCCACACGGCGACAAAUCCCAAAAGAAGUUCAACCCCUACAUCAAGACCGAACUACACGUCGACGCCUGCGACCCCCAAGCCCACGGCCGUCCAGGUUCAUCCGACGGUCUAGACACCGAUGUCCGGCACAAGGCUCGCACCAAGACCCACAAGGGCACCGACAUAGAUCUCGGCAAGCAGCAAAUCUCAUUCAAUGACGUCGAUGGCCUGGUGGAAGAAUUGACGUUUGUGCGCUUCACGGUGCGGGAUGAUGAGCUUGGCAGAGAUGAUCUUGCGGCUUGGGCGUGCGUGCGGCUAGAUCGAUUGGGACAGGGGUAUAGAUUUAUCCAUUUGCUUGAUUCUAAGGGUCGUUUGACAGAUGGUACCAUUCUUGUCAAGGUGGAAAAGACGCUGGCGGAGGACUUGGCCAACUGA